UUAAAUAGUUAAAUUACACUGAUCUCAAAUAGUAAACUGACAGUGGAGGUCGCACUUUCAGUAUUGCAUUUUGUAUUAAUGUAGUUGUCCACAAGAUGUCUAUAUAAACAAGAGAUUCUUAUCCUAAAAAAGAUGAUUAAGCGUUAAUAAAAUAAUCAAUACACGAGCUUUCUUAAGACUUACACGAGACUAUUACACGCAUCAAUACAUAAUCAUGGAUUAUAAAAUUAAAAUCUCAAUUUCCACUCUAAUUAAUAUAAGAUGAAAGAUGAUUAAGUUACUUAACGACACAUGAGUACACGAGCCAAGCAAAAGGAAUUCUUUUUUAACUCUCUUUUUUAUUUACUUGUCAUUAUCUAGAUAAGUUACAUACAUUGUUUAUUAAACCUCUUGUGUAUAUAUAGCAGAUUUAAUAACUUACAUUAACAUUAACCAUUGUCAUAAAAACUUGCUUCAUACCAAAGGAAAAAAAAAAAAACAAAAACUCAAGAAAGAAACAAAACGAAGAAAAUGUUAGCAGUGUCUCCAUUAUGCCCUAAUUUAGGAUGGGAGUAUCCCAUAGAAUUAGGGACAAACCAAGAAUUUGAUAAUUUUGAUUUUGAGUCUAUAUUUUUCAAUAAUAGUAUUUCAUCAUCUCAAGCUCAAGAUGAUCAAGUUAAUCAGGAGUUUAAUGAUGUUGUUAAGCAAAGCGAAUCGCCGCAAGGUACAAGUUCUAUAGAUCAUUCUGAUAAUCCAGUAUUAGCCAAGAAGCUUAAUCAUAAUGCAAGUGAAAGAGACCGAAGAAAGAAGAUCAAUGACAUGUAUAUGUCUUUACGUGCUUUGCUUCCUUCAAAUGAUCAAAGGAAAAAACUAAGCAUUCCAGCAACAGUUGGAAGGGUACUUGAGUACAUACCUAAGCUACAAAAGGAAGUGGAUGAUUUAACUCAUAAGAAGGAUGUGCUUUCAUCAAAACUUUCUGCAUUAGAAGGAAAUAUAGGGGAAUUUAUUCAAGAUGAAAAACCAAAAAACAGCAUAAUUAAGGAGAAGAUAUCUUCUUGUACAAUUUCAGCAAAUAAAUUGGGUGAUAAAGAACUGGUAAUUCAGGUCUCAGCAUUUGAGAAAGUAUCAAUAUCUGAGGUGCUUUUAUUGCUGGAGAAGAAUGGUUAUGCUGUUAUUGAUAUUUCUUGUUUUCAAUCCUUUGGAGGAACCACUUUCUACAAUUUACAUUUGUGGAUGAACGGAAACUACAACGUAAACUUGGAGAAGAUGAACGAAGUGUUGUUGUCCCUGCUACAGAAGCAGCAGCAGAUGCAGAUGAUGUACGUAUAUUCCUAGCAAAGUGGAGGAACAGACUUACUUUGUAAUUGUAUAAAAAAUUAAACGUUUGGGUUUGUUCGAAUUAUUGAUAGAUUGUAAUUGCU